CCCUCAAACAGAGUGCAGUCACGCUCUUCUUUGCUCACCUCGUCACUGAAGGUGAUGGAGGAGCAGCUCACCUUUGGUCCCGUCUUUAAUCUUUUGUUCCUUCAUGCAGACCUGCCCCGAGUGGGAAUGUCCUCACGCCCUCCAGUGACUCAGCAGCAGCUAUGAAAGACCUCGGCGCCAUCUCCAUCCCACACACCAGCCUCCAACCUCCACCUGACAUCUCCACGCCGCUCCGAGCUGCUUUGACGCCUCCUCCAGCCAUGUCGGCCUCGCUCGUCCUCCUGCUGCUGCUCCCCCUGGUCUCUGCUCAGACCUUCGGCUGGGGUCCCUGCAAGACCCCGGAGGUCCAGGCCAACUUCACCCUGGAGGAGUUUGCAGGGAGCUGGUACCUGGUGGAGAAGCUGCCGGCGUUCUUCGCUCCGGGAAAAUGCAUCCGGUCCAACCUGACGCUGAUGGAGAACGACACCGUCCACGUCACAAGCUCCCACUUCUUUUUUGACCGAGAGUGGCGGUUUGAGGGAGUCCUGGUCACGCCUGACGGAGACGAGCCGGCCAAACUGGCCGCUCACUUCUUCAAAUUCGCCCCCUCCAUGCCGGACUGGGUCCUGGCCACAGACUACACCGACUACUCCGUGGUCUACUCCUGCAUGGACUUCUUCCACGCCUUCCACCUGGAAUACGCCUGGAUCUUCUCCCGCUCGCCCUCCCUGUCCCCAGAGACCCUCCGGCACUGCGAGGAGAUCCUGGACCGGGAAGGAAUCGACACCUCCAGGCUGCAGGAGGUGGAGCAGGACUGCACGGAUGUGCCAAAGAAAAGCUUCAGCUACUGAAGGGCAGCAGCUGGGAGUGGAGCCACCCUUAAAUGUUGACUUUGGAAAUGAUUCAGAGAUUUCUGGGGCAUCUGGGGAUUUCAUCACGCAGAGAUGAAAACAAAAAACAUUUGUUUAAUUUAAUCAUUUGUGCACAAAAGCCUUAAGCUAUCAAUCAAAAAUCGGAUUGAAAUGAAUAAAAUGUUUCUGUUCUUGAACCUUUUGUGGAAUAAAAGUGGCUCAGAGAG